GUCAACGUAAUCGAUGGUCGAAAGCUUUCGUAGCAACAGCGUAUCAAUAAAGAUGGACGACUAAAUGAAAUGUGAUCGCGUACAAAUGUGAAAAUGACAUUGAAUCCACUUGCAAACCCGAAAGGGACAAAUUUAAAUUGUGAACUAUGUCAGAAACCAGCAUUUAUUCAGUGUACAAAGUGUCGAGUAACGUAUUAUUGUGGAGUGGAACAUCAGAAAGCUGAUUGGGUUGGAAUACAUGAAAAAAUAUGUCAAAGUUUGAUAGCUUUACGACAAGGUGCCCCCUUUUUACCCUCACAGGAAGAACGACAGAAAAGAGAGAGACACAUUUUAAUGAAAAAGACAACAAUGAUAGACCUUACACGCACAACAGGACAGAAGUUACUUUUUGAAGGUCGUCAUGAACAGGCCGUACCAGCAGCAAUGCAGUCACUAAGAUUUGCUAUUGAUGUCCAUGGUCUAGAUAGCAUAGAGCUUGUACCGUCUUAUCUUAUCCUUGGAGAGGCAAGCAUAGGAUUAGGGCGUUUAUCACAAGCAGAAGAAUAUUUGGCCCAAGCUCAGUGGACUGUUUUAAAGACCCCAUCGUGUUCAAAUGCUAUCAAAUCUAAACUAUACAGAAAUCUAGGACUGUUGUAUGCAGCCAAAGGAGAGUAUGACGAUUCUUUACGACAGUUAGCAGACGACAUUUAUCAUGCCUCAGAAAAUUUUGGUACAGAUGACAUUCGAACAUCUGGAGGUUAUUUUCACAUGGCCAAUGUAUUUUUCCGACAAGGAAGGAUGGAGAUUGCUGAUUCUUUAUAUAGACAGGUUUCAACUAUAUGGUAUAAUCAUUUACAAAAAAUUGUGAAAAUCAGAACUAAAACUCCAGACACUCCACAAGGAAUUGGUCCAUUGAUUAUAGAAUCCAGUGAUGAAAAAGAAGAUACUCUAGAUGAGGCACAAGAGGCUGAAGCAAUACAAGUUUUAAAUGCCAUCUACGAUAUGCAGGAACAUCAACAAAGCAGACAGCCACAAGAUCUGGCCACCAUUUGUCAUGCUUUAGCCAUGCUUUACUUUAUACUGAUGGAUAUUUCUAAGGCUAAAGAAUUUGGAAGAAAAGCUGUAGUUGCCAGCGAAGGACAUCCUGACGAUUCCCUGUCUCGUACUAUUGUUGAAUUUAUGAAGAAUUUAGAAUCACAGACACAGAGAGUCAUGUGAAAUACUGUGAUAUAUUGUAUAUAACUGUGAUAUUGACUAAUUCUUAAAUGAUUUCUGUAAAUUGAAAAUUAUUUAAGGAAAUUAUACUUAUGUUAUUAAAUGAUUAUGUAAGUUA